AUGGGUAGCUGCUUUUCCGCGCCGCAGGGUGACCCAGCAGCUGCCGGUGGAUCACAAACCCAAGACCCUCUCAGCCAGGGUCUUGCGGACGCCCAACAAGCCGUAGGCCUCAUUGAUGGUAUCUACAAGAUUGUUGAACCACAUGUUCUCGAAGCAAAGCACAAAAGAGAUGAGACGAAAUAUCUCAAGAAAUUCAUCGGACUUUGGUGGGAACAGGCUUUCGAGUAUGGGGCCUGUAUGGUACCAGUCCUGGACGUCGACAAUUUUGAAAAGCAUCUAAAAGGAAAGAAUGGACGACUGCAGCCUCGGGGUGAUUGCACGGCCAGUUCUCCAUGGGGCCGCCUUUUACAUGCUUUAGCAAUCGAUCCCGACGACCGUAUACUAACCUGGAAACCAGCAAGCGGAGCUCGUUGGGAGAUGCCUAUGCCCAAAGGUGAGCUUGCAAUGGAUGUUCGCGGGGCAGCCUUCUGCCACCUGGUUAACCUCUACAAGGUAGAGGACCCAAGUGACGAAGGUUUCCUAGUCGAAGGCAAGCGACAAGAACGUGGUCGCUGUCGUCUCUCCUUUGGAUGGCUCACCUGGACGAGUGUCGAUGCAGGCCAUAUGCUCGCGACUUUUGAACCCGACACACUGCCAAAGCUCAAUGGCCCUAAGGUGCCUCUCGGACGGGAUUCCACAACCCUGCAGGAACAAGGUGAUGUUGCCCUAUGGACAUCUUACAAGGCAGCUUUGGAAAAGGGCAUCUCCGAUGAAGAACUCAUUUGGCCAGAUCCGAAUAAGACUCCACUCCCCGAAAGGCUGGAGCGCCUUGAGGUCAGUCUUCAGAAGAUGCAACUCAGGUCGUCCGAGCUCAUCCUCACGAGAAUGUGGUUGGACCAGGCCAGCAGUAUCAAGAGACGCGCCACGACAGACGGGGGUAAAGAUGACACCUUCCUGCAGGAUGCGUACAAGACAUUGGCGCAGCACCCGAAGAGGUCACUCCUGAGGGAAUAUGAGUGCAGUGAGAUACAGGACGAGCUGAGGAGCUGCUUCUUCUUCAAGGAAGAUGAGUUUUGCAUACAGGCAAUUUCCCCAGAGUAUGCCUCGCUGCCGUUCCGCGAGAUCUCUUAUCGUCAGGUACUGCGGGCUACCUUGGAGUCGUACAGUACCCAGCCUCCAACUUCAUGGAAGGGUCGACUGUAUGCAUCGCGGGACCAUGUUUACAAAGUCGUGACCCAGUCUCGGGUUUUGAGAGUUGAUCCCGAUCGUGUUCGGAUCCUUGACUUCGUCCCCGCUAUGGAGUGCACGCGUGCAUCUUUAGCCGUGAAUGGAUUCUGUUGCCAACAAUACCAGUGCGAGUAA